UCAGAUGCUUGCCCUUUAAAGAGUACACACAUCCUCACGAUGGCUACUUAAAUCUUGCUACUAAACUGCCAAAGAUUUCUCUGAAGCCAGAUAUGGGGCCAAAGACAUAUAUUGCUUAUGGAGUUGCUCAGGAAUUGGGGCGGGGUGAUUCUGUAACAAAAUUACACUGUGAUAUGUCUGAUGCAGUACGUCCUCUUAUGUGAAUCUUCGAUAUUUUGCUACUUUUUAAUAUUUGUUAGGAGAUAGUUGGACUACAUGAAGUUCUUUUUGCUUUAUAGGCUAGGUUGUUGGUUGUCAUUUGCUAGUAUAUUAUGCUGAUUUGUUUUGUUAUAAUGUCCGUCGUUUAGGUGAAUGUGUUGACACAUGAACAUGGGGUGACACUUAGACCUAAGCAGCUUCGUACCAUUAAAAUCCUGCAAAUGAAGCAUGCUGAACAGGAUGAAACGGAAAUGCGUGGCAGUAAACAGAUAUUGAAUAUAAUGGAUGAAAACAGUGAAAAAACAGGAAAUGUUGGAGAAUAUGUUGGAAAAUCAUCCGUGAAAACUUCGAUGUCGAAAAAAAAGGGCGGUAAUAGCAGUGGGAAGAAUAAAGCUGAUACCUCAGAUGAGGCGGCAAGUGUUAGAGACCCUGAAGGUGGUGCUCUAUGGGAUAUUUUUAGGAGGCAAGACGUACCAAAACUGGAGGAAUAUGUGAGGAAGCACUUGAAAGAAUUUAGGCAUAUCUAUUGUAAUCAAUUGUCGCAGGUACGGAUUAAUUUCGUCAAAGUAAUAUGUUUUGAGGUUAAGGUAAAACAAUGUAUUAUGUCUGUUUGGUUUGAUGUUUAUAAGAUUAAAUAGUAAGAAUAAUAACUU